CAGAUCUUUCGGUAGCAUUUGCCGGCUUGCGUUUGGUCUCGGCCGCGCCGCGCCAUGGAGCCCUCUCUUGCUGCUGUGACUGAACCGGCAGCAGGAGGGCGCUUCAAGGAGAAUAAGGGCGGGUACAGAGCCCUCCCAUUCAUCUUCUUAAAUGAGAUGCUGGAGAAAGUUGCUGGAUUCGGGCUCAACACCAACAUGAUCACGUACCUGACCAAGAAGUACCACCUGAGCACCGUCGCCUCCCAAACGAUGCUGUUCGUGUGGAGCGCGAUAUCGAACUUCGCGCCCAUCCCCGGCGCCGUCGUCGCCGACAUGUACCUCGGCCGGUUCAUGGCCGUCGCGCUAGGCUCCGUCGCCUGCCUGAUUGGGAUGGUCUUCCUGUGGCUGAGCGCCACGAUCCCCGGAGCGCGUCCGCCCCCGUGCAACGACGGCGAGCAGUGCGCGCCGCCGGGGGCGAGGCACCUCGCGUGGCUGCUCUCCGGUUUCGCGUUCCUGUCGCUGGGCGCCGGCGGCGUCCGGCCGUGCUCCAUGGCGUUCGGCGCGGACCAGUUCUCGAGGCACCCCAAGGAGCAGCGGUCCAUGAUCCUGCAGGCCUACUUCAACGCCUACUACGCGUCGAUCGGCGUGGCCUUCACCAUCGCCGUCACGGCCAUCGUCUACCUCCAGGACAACGUCGGGUGGAGCGUCGGGUUCGCCGUCUCGAUGGGCCUCAUGCUGCUCUCCACGGUGAGCUUCCUCCUGGGAUCGGGUCUCUACAUCAACGAAAAGGGGAAGAGGCAGAUGUUCUCCGGGAUAGGCGCCGCCGUCGGCGCGGCGAUCAGGAACCACAGGGCGCGGUUGCCGGCCAAGACCGGCGACGGCGUGUACCACCACCUCAAGGACUCCAAGCUCACUAUCCCCACAGACCAGCUGAGGUUCUUGAACAAGGCGUGCAUGGUCUGCGCCACCAAGGAGGACACGGACUCGCCCAGUAACAGCGCGGCGUCGGCUGCCGCCCCGGAGCGGCACGGCCGCAGCGGGAAGAGGCUGUGCACGGUGGACCAGGUGGAGCAGCUCAAGUCGGCGAUCCGCGUCCUGCCCAUCUGGUCGUCCACCAUCUUCCUCGCCCUGGCCAUGAACCAGAGCUUCGCGGUGAAGCAGGCCGACACCAUGGACCGGCGCGUCGGCAGGGGCCGGUACUUCGAGGUGCCCAGUGGCUCGCUGGCCCUGUUCAACAUGGCCACCAUGUCGCUGUGGUCGGCCAGCUACGACAGGUGGGUGGCGCCGGCGCUGCGGCGGCACACGGGCAACCCGCGCGGGCUCACCAUGAAGCAGCGCAUCGGCGGCGGCCUGCUCCUCGCCACCGCGUCGACGGCCGUAUCCGCCGCCGUGGAGGGCGCGCGGCGGCGGCGGGCGCUGCGCGGUGUCACCAUCUCGGCGUUCUGGCUGGUGCCGCAGUUCGCGCUCGUGGGGCUCGCCGAGGCGUUCGGCGUGAUCGGGGAGAUCGAGUUCUUCUACACCGAGCUGCCCAAGAGCAUGGCCAGCUUCAGCAUGUCGCUGCUGUACAUGGCCUUCGGCGUGGGCAACCUGGCGGGCGCCCUCAUCGUGAAGGUGGUCCAGGCGGCGAGCAGGCGCGGGGGGGAGACGAGCUGGCUCGUCGACGACCUGAACGCCGGGCACUACGACUACUACUACUGGCUGCUCACGGGCUACGGCGUGGUGAACUUCGUCUACUUCGCCUGGUGCAGCUGGGUGUAUGGCGAGGAGGGGAAGAACGUGGAGUGGGAAGAGGACGACGACAGGGAGCAGCCAAUGUUGUAGUCUUGUCAUCUUUUGCUGAAGCCUUGGCUCGGACGCCUCUGUGUUAUUACCAUGUAAGAAGCUUGUAGGGUUGAGCAUUGAACUGGAACCUGA